AUGGCGACCUACCUGGAAAGGCUGCACCACAUUUCGCUCCACGUUUCCAAUGUGGACAAAAUCACCAACGACUUUGUCUCUAAAUUUCAAUUCCAAUUAAUCGCGACUAGACUGACAGACCGCAGCAGACAGUUAGUCUUCAGAACCGGGUCUGCGGUUUUUAUUGUGAACGAGAGGGAAGGACGCCAAAGUGUCUCCACUUUGAAUGGAAAUCCAGAAGUCGAUACAGAAACACUGAACUGGGAUCAGCCGACGGGAUGCCUCUACGACGUCAGUCCGCUCUACCCGGUGGACACCGUGCGAAACGUUUGCUUUGAGGUUGACGACGUUCAUGCGUCAUUUGAUGCUCUGCAGCGCCUGGGUUGCACCUUCUUGGUUCCUCCGACUACUGUUCGCGACCAGUACGGUGAAGUCAUUUACGCCAUUGUUAAAUCGAUUUUCGGGAAUGUCUGCCACACGUUAAUCGAUAAGACAAAGUACAAUGGCGGCUUUUUGCCUGGUUUUGACGUCGUCGUUGACGAAGACCACGGCACUUCUGGAGAUGACAUACAUGUGGACCACAUCGCUCUUGCGUGCCCCAUUGGGACCAGUCAGGAGACCAUGAAGUGGUACGAGAAGAUUUUUACCUUUCAGAGGUUUUUUAUUAAUAGAAAUGACAACAUGGACGAUGGAUUUGUUAUCCAUCACAGAGGGAAGGGAAUCCGAUUGGCCGCAAUGGAGUACUCAAAAUGUAACAAAAGGAGUCUUGGCAUUCCCUACGAGGAUAAACACGAGCUCAAGUUUGUUGUCGCGGAAUCACUGCUUGAUAAAGGGCGCAACCAGGUAGACGUCUUCUUGGAGGAGCACGGCGGUGCAGGGAUUCAGCACAUUGCGCUGACAACGAGUGACAUCCUGUCCACAACGCAUACAAUGAUGGAGGCCGGCGUGCCUUUUUUCUCGCCGCCUGCUGCCUACUAUGCUCAGAGGGAAAAACUGAAGGAGAUUAUGGAUGCAGGAUACGACCCCGAGAAGAUGAACAAGUUCGGCAUUCUUCUGGAUAUGGACCCAGACGAGGACAGAAAAUACAUCCUCCAGGUGUUUACCAAGCCCCUCUUUGAGGAGGACACCUUCUUCUUUGAGCUGAUUGAGCGCAGAGGGGUGACCGGCUUAGGGGAAGGCAACAUCAGGGCCCUGUGGGAUUGUGUGCAAAUAUACAUGGAUGCUCCCAAAACUUCCCACAAGCAGUAACUAGGAACCGGGUCACUGGAAGGUCCUUUUAGAUACAUAUAAAAUAUAUGUAUCUUGCAGGGUCAUUUAUUAAGAGAGAGAAUGUACUAAAAUAAAAAAUAUUUAUUCGGGGAUGGGGCUUCUAUGUGAUACUUGCUGUCUGACAUUGAAUCCUGCAGGGUGGCGCUUGAACAGAAUAUACUAAAUUAUACUCGUAAGUAUUUGUUGUUUAACAAUGCACGUGUCUCUUUUUGCAUGAAAAUGCACUUCCUGUUUUGUGUGCAUAAUCACGGUCCCUUGUUUCAGAGACUCCCUUCUUCCAAAAUGCAAAUUAGGCUUAUUAUUGUUCACAGUAAUUUGUACUCUAUAUGCUACUGUAUUGUUUUUUGCAGGUUUGCCACACUCCAAUGUUUUUGGAUGGCUCUGAACACUCUGCGGUUUCAGAGGGUGUUUGUGAUGGCGCUUUGUGAUGUCACAGAAUGCCGAGCUUCCUUAUAUGGGCGUGUGGUGUAAGCCAGGUACGGUCUCCGCCCUCCCUUAAAACUAGCUUUAAGGCAAGUUCUCAAACUUGCGGCCCGCGGGCCAAAUGUGGUCCAUGGGAUGCUUUUUUGAGGCCCCCUCCCAUCUUGAUAUGAAAGUUUAAUGUUAGUGCGACCCGCGUGAGUUUUGAUAUCAUAAAGAAAUGAUAGCUUUGUGCACACCGGACACAAUUGAUGCGAUUUUUUCAGAUGUAGCGAUGCUAACUUGCUAAUUGGGUAAAAGGGUUAAGUUUCAUUAAUGUUCAUGUUAAAGGUUAAGGUUAAAAUAAUUUC